GCCUGCGGAGUUGAUGGGCUAGAUGUAGCGAGGGAAUAAGGGCCUCCGGAGUUGAUAGGCUAGAGGAUGUCAAAGUCAUGGGUUCAUUUGAUGGAUGGACCCAUGGAGAACAGAUGUCGCCAGAAUCUACAGGCACCUUUACGCAGUUCACGACUUUCUUGAGAGUCAGGCCGGGAAAGUAUGAGAUCAAGUUCCUUGUUGACGGCGAAUGGAUGCUUUCGCCGAACUUGCCUGUUGUAGGGGAGGGCCUUGUCAUGAACAACCUUCUCAUGGUGAUUAGACUUCUGUGGGACCUCAAGGUAUGGAGUUCUGUGGGACUUCCGUGGGACCUCAAGGUAUGGACUUCUGUGGGACUUCUGUGGGACCUCAAGGCAUGGAGUUCUGUGGAACUUCAGUGGGACUUCUGUGGGACUUCUGUGGGACCUCAAGCCAUGGAGUUCUGUGGGACUUAUGUGGGACCUCAAGAUAUAGAACUUAGUCUGGAUUCUGAACUCUGGAUUAGAAAUGGGCGAUCGCCGAUUGGAGUAAUUGUCCGGCAAGGUAAAGGAGCAGGGCAGCUUGGUCUAAAGGAGUCGGGUCGGGGCGAUAAGGAGUGGUGUGCAUAAAAAGUACAAAGAAACUCGCCGUGGGACCAUGUAUGGGACCAGUGACGCAGGUGCGGGCAUUAAAGCGCCGAGGACUGGAACUCGGGACACCCAAGUACAGAGCCUAACGACCCAUGGCGCAAGCUGCAGAAUCGAUGAAGCAGUUCCAAUGCCUGAACCUAGGUACAAAACAAGGCAACCCUUGGCACCAGAGGAGCCCAAACAAAGCAACCCUGGUCGCGUGGUCCAAUGGAUAGUGCAAGGUGGGACAACACACAGUGGAGAAACAAGUCUUAGAUCAGGUGUUGCAAAGAAGCAUGCAAUCGGAGAUUCUGAAGUGCACUGAAAUCCUCAAGCUGGUAUUCGCUCGGACACGUAAUGAAUGAGGGGCUUUUUGCCUUCAUGACGACAACGUCGGCAAGUUGUGUGCGCAUUUGAGCCAUUACAAGC